AUGCAGGCAAACGUCGACUUUCAACCUCCUCCGAGUUCAUCACCGCAAUUCCUCAUAUUCCAUGAAAGAAUGGCACUCCAAUUGAGAACAGCAGAAGAAGCACAAUGCUGUCGUCGAAACGUUUCGGCACCAGAUCCCGAUCACACCUCUCGAUUGCAUAUCUCCCUCUCUUCGCUGCCAAGUCCUGAUACGCCAAUCACUAUCCCGUCAUUUCCUAUCGAAAUCCGCAGCGAAACAUCAGUUUUCAGGCCGAGAAAUAUUGCAAAUUUAUGGACUCAGCUCCUCUCUAUUCAUAUACAGAAUGGUAACUUCUGGAAACUUGAAGAUGCUGUUCGAUAUCACAAAGAGACCACUCCACCUCCAGCCUUAUCACGUGAGGAAGUCAAAAAAGCUGAAAUUACGAGGCUCGAAAAAGGAGUCUUGUAUAUUCGCCAUAAAGUUCAGAAAGGACUGUUGACUAAAGAUCAACAACCAAUUGAGGCUGAGUUACCAGAGAUAUCGAGGCUCAUUUCGAAGCUUGAAAGCUUUGGAGAUAUAGAUGUUAGCAUCAUAUUGAGUACCAAAAUUCACAAGGUCUGCAAAGCUAUCUUAAAGCUCGAGUGGAUCAACGGCGAUGAGAUGUAUCAAUUCAAGUCUCGGUCUGCCGUUCUGUUGGAUAGGUAUCUCAAGAUUCUGGAUCAGGCACCUCAACAACCCUCAGCAGCCGUCUCGACAACCCACCAGACAGACACAGAAGCCCGGAGCCAAUCUGCGGAAGAAGACCUAAAGGAGACUCCAGCUAUAUGCUUGACCCAGUUGACUCCCGAACAAUGUUCUCGCAUUGAAGAAGCUGCCAAGAACUGCAAUCCACCUCUCGAUCGUGGCGUCGUGGAACUAAUGUGCAUGCUACCUCACUUCAUUUCCAGAAAUGGAAAUUAUGAUCUCCAGGUCGUUCCCAUGGGCAGACUAGAGCAGCCGCUGGAUGACUUCCCUAAAAUUGAUAGAGGUGUCUACUGCGGCGGACCGACGAUUCCUCCUAACAUGCUGAAGCUGACCUAUAAAGUCUCUCCUACUUAUGGUAUUUCAUUAUUUGUGGAUACUAAGACAGGCGAGGGACUUCAAUUGGAUCGCUGGGGUCCAGCGGAGCAGGGUGUCAUGUGCACCGAAUUCGAGGGCCUCAGGAGACCGAUUGAAGGGUUAUUGCAGGAGUGGAUAGAUUUGUUCUUGAAGAUGAAGCUUGUACCCACCGGAGGUGAAGGAAUCAUGUCUGACCAAUUCAGAUCGAUGGACUAUCUCAAGCUAAAGUUUCUCAUGCAAGAGUACGACUGGCCAUCAUCAUUCCCACUCUCACAAUCCGACUAUGUGUCGCUCAUCAAACGACAAGCAGACAUUGACAAAAAAACAUUCGCUCGGUACGAAAGGAACAAUAGUCUCGAGCAAAUAUGGGCCCAACUAACACAAAAAUGGCACAACAAAAAUAUGACUGACUGGCGAGAUGAUACCAAGAUCCAAGAACUCGAGACUUUCAAAAUCCUCGAUCGAUUAGUCGAGAGAGCUCUGAAAUACCAUAUCAGGAAAAUCGAAGACCGACAGUAUGCUCUGGCAGCGGAUGAGCCGCUGGACAAGAACUACACAAAUCCGCUGGUGCUUUCCAGAUCUGGUCACGGCGGAUCGGACGGCAGCUGGAGAGUGGAUGCUACACCGGACAUGAUCAUUGAGAGAUUUAAUGAAGUUGCAGGUCAGAGUCCCUGGGAAGUCCCCGAGGUCAAGGAUAUCAAGAAGGUGCUGGAUGACGCGUAUGAGAGAUGGAAGCUAAGUGAGAAAGGCAUUCAUCCGCGAGACGAUGUGGAUGAGGAGGAUGAUGAUGAGACAUCUGAUUAUGUCCCUUCUGAAGAGGAGUGCUCGGAAGAAGAAGAGUUUGAGAGCGAUGAGGAGGAUCUUGACUUUGAUGUGGUGAUGCUAGAGGAAGAUAUCACGACUGAUAUUGAGGAUCUGAGAAAGCGGAUGGAAGGAUAUCAUAUUGGAGGUUCUUGAUCAUGUGGAGUUGUUUGCCAAGAUCAGAUGGAGGGCUGCUUGGGAUUGGGCGUUGGGGUAGCAAGUGUGUAAAAUAGUUGAAAGUUGAAAAGAAAUGAAUGUUCCCUCCCAG